GCCCCGGUGGCGGCGGGCGCGGGGCGGGCCGGGAGCGCGGAAGUGCGGGGCCGCGGGGCCGGCGGCAGCCGAGUGCGGGCCCCGGCCCGGCGCCGCAGCCCCUGCCCGCCAUGGGCCGCCGCGCCGGGUGAGCGGCCCCUCGUCCGCGCCCGACCCGCCCCAGCGCCGCCGUCCCUCGCCGCAGGUGCCGCCGCCGCGUCCCGGGGAGAGGAAGCGCCGCAGGCCCGGCCGGCGGCCGCCCAGGCCGGGGAGGAGCCGGCGGAGAAGCGAUGCAGGAAGCCAUUGCCAUAACCGAGCAGCCGGUCUCUGCCUCUGUGCCGGUGGGAUUCUCCUUCACGCUGCGGUGCCGAGCCCAGGGACGCACCUCGCUGCAGUACCAGUGGUUCUGUCAGUACCAGUCUGACUGCCGCCUGAUUCCUGGAGCAACCAACCAAGACUUGCCCAUCAUUGCAGAGCAGACCCAGCUCUACACCUGCAGAGUCAAUGACCUCCACAGAAAUGCUGUCUUCUCCGACUGGGUGAAGGUAGAGGUCCAUCAGUGUGUUGCCAGAGGUCUGCCCCCUCGGCUGUGGCAAGGGGAGCCAGUGAUUGUCCUCAACCCCAGCGAGCAGCGAGUGGAGGUGGGGCAGCCGCUGCAGCUGCAGUGUGCUGCCAUGGGGGUCCCAGCCCCCAGCUACCAGUGGUACCGCAACGGGAACCUGCUGGAGCAGCAGAAGAGAAAAAAACUCUGGAUUGCCCACACCAAGGUCAGUGACUCUGGCAUGUACCUCUGCUGUGCCUCCAACAGCCACGGAGAGCACUGGACCAACGCCGUGGACGUUCACAUCGGUACAUGUGGCUCUGGAAAGUUUUUUGCUACAGGCAAAAUAGCACUUCUGGUGGGCAACAACCGCUACCAGCAUCACCCCAACCUCGUGGCUCCUGUGAGGGAUGUGUUUGAGCUGAGUCGUCUCCUGAAGCACCUGGGCUUCCAGGUUGUCUCCCUGCUGGACCUGAACAAGGCUGAGAUGGCCACAGCGGUCGCUCGCUUCCUGCAGCUCCUGGGGAAGGGAGUCUAUGCUGUGUUCUACUAUGCUGGGCACGGGUAUGAACAUCUGGGGAGGAACUACAUGGUCCCUGUUGAUGCUCCACAACCCUAUGCCCCUGAGAACUGCAUCAGCGUGCAGAGGAUCCUCCAGAAGAUGCAGCAGCAGCAGACAGCCCUGAACAUCAUCCUGCUGGACACCUGCAGGAAGUGGUACAACCCAGGAUGUGCCUUGUCCCAGGUGCAGCCACUGGAGCCCUGGGGAAACACUGUCUAUGGCUAUUCCACGAGCGAAGAUGCAGAAGCCUAUGAGCUGCAGGAUGGGGAGUUCAGCUCUGGAAUCUUCAUGAAGUACCUGAAGAAACACAUUCUGCAAGAGAAGAAGGUUACACACAUGCUGGAGGAUGUGUUAGAAGACAUUGGCCGCGACCCCCUGGUCACGGGGAAGCAGGUGAUGGAGAUCAAGCACACCCUGAAGGAGGCCCGGUCCCUGACAGACCCCAUCUGUCCCUCGGGAGCGGCCACGGAGCGCUGGGGACACGGCCAAGAGCUGCCGAGCAGGACGGUGACGUUCCCGUGCGGGGCGCGGGCGGAGCUGCGCUUCCUGCGCCUCUUCUCCAACCUGAUGUUCGUGUGUGCCAAGCCACAGGCGCCCCUGGCCCACGGCACCCAGCCCCAGCUCCUGCUCCGCCAGCUCGCCGAGAUGGACGACGUGGCCAUCCAGAGGGAGAGCUGUCUGGACCAUGUGGAGACUCUGCUGGCCUCUGUGUACAAGCGGGAGGAGCUGGACUGCGUCCUGCAGCUCUGUGCACUGCAGAAAAUUCAGACAGACGUGGUCCUGCAGUUGGAUUUGCAUUACACCCGGCCGAGCACAAACCAGAGGACUUGUGAGAGCCUGCAGAUGACCCUCCACAAAUCCCAGCUGGGGCAGUUUUUCAGCCAGAGGAGCGACUCAGAGCGAGCCCCCGCGGGCGCGGGCGGGGACGCGCUGGUGCUGCAGCCCCCGGGGCAGCGCUCCCCGGGCACGGGCUGUGGGCACAGCCUGCCCAGCAGCAGCCCCUCCAACCUGAGCAGCGAGCCCGAGGAGAACGACGAGAGCGACCUGGGCGAGCUGUGCCUGGCGCUGCUCCGGGCUGGCCCGGGGCAGGACGGGCCCUGAGCUCAGCCUCUUCUCACCGAGGCCUCAGCUGGAGCGCUAAAUCUGUCAGAACCCAUCAGCUGCUUCCCAGCCUUGGCAUCGCCCCGUCUGAACGAGGCCAAGGCUGCUUUUUUGGAAAGGUUUCUCCUGUCUGCACCCUGUGGUGUGCAGGGCCUCCGUUCCCACUGGGAAUAUUUUCCCUGUCCCAUGGGAGUGUCGGGAUCAGCGGGGAUCAUUGUGGUGUCUGGCAGAGGACACGGCCACCCACCAGUCAAAACAUGGCCAGGCAAAAAUGGCUUUGCUGCAGGGCAAGGGCACAGGCUGAUGUUUUCUGCCUGGAAACAAACGUCGCUGCAUUGAAUGUGAGGAGAAGCCCACAAACACUACAGACCCCUCUGGCUCAAAUCCCAGCCACGACUGCUGGAUCUCACCAACCUGUGCAAGGGAGACAGGGCUGCACCUCGGGAACCAGGUGAAAUAGUGUAGGCUCUCCACGGAGUCCCAGUGUGGUUUCCUUCCCAUGCCUGUGUCAAAGCAGGUGUUAAGUUAUGCAUUUAUGUAUUUUUGAAGUAUGUAUUUAUAGCAAAGAGGGGAGACAGUGGCUUGCCAGGAAAAGGAAGGUCAGAUGUUCCAUCCCGUGUGUGUUUACACUGGGGCUGGUGUUCCACUGGACCAGGAGUAGAGUCCAGGCAGGUGCACUGACACCUGCCCCUUCCAGCGUGGUACAGGGGCAUUAAAGGGUGUUCAGCCCUCUGCAGUUCCAAGUUCUUCUCAGGGAGAGAUAGAAUGUACCAGGAUUGAGAGAGGAUAACCUCAAAAAAGUUACUAUUAGUACAAAUUGCUUUGUCUGUGUGCCUGUCUGUGCUGUGGGCAACCUCAAGCACUACGUGGAGAACCAGCUGUCCAGGGAGAGCCUGGGUGGGCACAGGCCCCUCCCUAAUACCUGUUUGAUAAGGGGGAUUGCUCAGUCCAUCUUUGGAGGACAGCUCACUGUGGAGUGCAGAAGGUGACAAUGACCUGAUCCAGGCUGGCUGAGGGCUGGACCAGAGACCACUGGAGAUCCCUUCUGGCUGCUGUGGUCCUGUGGAAGAAAGAGGCUGGAGGGCAGAACUUCUUGAGAGGUCGAGGGUAGCAGGUGGGGAGAACGCCCGAGCUCUGUCUUGCUUUGAAAGAGGGUUGGAGGCAGAAUUUUCUCAGUUUUGCUCUCCUUCAGCAGUGAAGAUACAUCCCUGUCUGUGAAGGUACAUCCCUGUCAGUUGCAGCACAGAAAAAUCUGAAGUGUUGCUUCCAGAUAAACCAUUCUACAAGUGCUGGAAACCUGUCCAAAGAGAACAGAGGAGGUUUUUAUUCUUCUCACAGUGAGUAGAGCCAAGGGAAAGAAAACGGGCCCCAGCUGGCUGCAGACUAGAAAGUCUUCUAGAAAAAGAUUCUAAAGCUCAAAAAAAUAAAAAAUUCAGAGGACAGAAUUUAAAUAAGAUGGGCUGAUAGAGAAGCUAAACCAGAAAAUAAUGAAGUAAUGAAGGAAGAACCAAAGAUCAACUCAACACCAGCAGCUGCUGGGGACAGGUCAGUGGAAAUGGCCCAGGAGAUAUUUGGGAGGAGCUGGGGCUCUCAUUGCCUCUGAGGAUUAUUCCCACCCUCCUGUGCUGUUGAGGCAUGGCUUGUUCCUGGCUCACAUUAUCAUGCCAAGUGUCAUCUAAUGUGAUCUCAUUCAAAGCAAGGAUGUUGAUUUUUUCUGAAUAAAACACUAUUGGUGUUUUUAAUGCACAAA